GAGAGCUCCACAGUUUGCGGUAACUACUCAAUGCGUUCAGUGUGUUCGGUUUGUCGGCAGACGCGCGCGAGUAAAGGUAAAAAGUUAAAUUUUCGGCAAAUGCAACUGGUUUUGUGAAAUGGCUGUCUGUGACGAGUAAAAGCAAAAAUAUUAAAAUACAAAUACUGCAAGCGUUGUUACCAAAGUAACUUGGUAAAUAGUUAGUAAAUGUUUAACGCAAAUUGAAAAACAUAUUUUGUUAAAAUAAUAAUCAUAAAGUGUGGUCGUGUGUGCGCGAACAAACACGGGCGAGCCGAAUUGCAGUCUGUGAUUUUGUACAAACUAUUUAUUUGGCCUUUACUAGUUGUUUGGCCACAGAAUCUAUAACAGCGCAGACAUAGAUCGGAAGUUUUAAGCAAAUACUCAGUUGUGGUAAUUACUUUGCAAGUAAUAUAAGUGCAUAUGUAUGUAAAUGUAGUGUGUGUGUGUUAAUAAUAUAAAUUUGAAUAAAUUGUACUGCGAAUGUUGCAAGCAAAAGUAAAAAAUGGCCAUUAAAGUGCAAUGAAUUAUAGCCAAAUGUAUAAAACAUAAAGGAAACUUUAAAUGAGUAUAGGCGCAGCGCAACAAAAAACAACAAACGCUUAAAAGUGUAAGCAAAAUUAAAUACUUCACAUAAUAUUACUUGGCAAAUAGCUACAUAAACAAGUUAACUAAAAACGCAACAACAACGAAAAAUCAGCAAUCUAAAAUAACGUCUACAACUACAUAUACAAUAACAAACAAAAACGUAAAAACCAGCAAUAAAGUAAAAUAUAAUAAUUAAACAGCGACUACAAAUUAAAAGCAAACAAAUCUCACAGCAGUUAAAACAACAACAAGCACAUUAAUAUAUUGUAUAAAGUGUACAUGCAUUGAAAAACUACCUGUUCACUCGCUCAAAACACUUGCGAGUGCUCACUCCCGAAAACCGUCUGGACUCUCAAAACAGCCACGAGUGUACUGCUCAGCGUGCACAUAUACACUCAAAACCAUUUAAAUAUUAAGUACUUAGAUAGCUGUUGAUCUCGGCGCUUCUCCAGCAGAAUUUUUUGGCAGAUAAACGCAGUGUGUGCUGCAAGCAAAAAUUACAAAAAAUAAGGUUUGAAAAUCAACCAGUUAUUCACAAAAAACGUGAAACAAUAAAAUAUAGCUGCUUAUAUUUACAAAUACAUAAAUAUAUUAAUAAUUACUGUUUACUUGUGCAGUGCAAUAACAAAGGUGUAAAGUGAUUUUCAUCAGUGCAAAAAUAUCUGCGUCAAUAAAUACAAAUACGCCCCCGAAAUGAAAAAAAGGCAGUCGAUGUCAGUGAAUGUCAAAUAAUUUUCUGUGUAUUAUUUACAAUUAAAGUGUGUAGCAAAGUGCGUUGAGCGAGCGCAAACAUACAGAUACAUAUAUCCAAAGCAAUAAGAGUGUACAAAUUCUAACAAAUUCAUGAAAAGAGUACAGAAAAGAUAUAGUGUGUGCGAAGAAGAGUUCUCGUUGGCAUUCUAGUUCAAAUUACUUGUUUUUGUGUUGCAAGUUCGAAUUUUGUGUGUAUUGUUUCCUUUUUUUAGUUAUACAAAAUAUAAUCAGAACCCGUUUUCUGUUGACUCAAACAUCAUUUAUGGAGCUCAACCUGUGUCUACUGUGCAACAAGCGGUCAAAUAAGCGAUCGAAAGGCAAAGCAGUGUAAACAAAUUCUUUCUAGUUGGAUUGGAAGCUGAUUUUUUUUGAGAGCGCAAAAAAUCACCGUCAGACUGGACCCACAAAAAGUUAGCAACAAUUAGCGAAAUUAAAACACCACAAAGCAUUUUAAGUAAAAAAAUAUUUAAAGCACGUAGUAAAAUAUAAACAAUAAUAAAUAAACCAGCAAAAUGGCACCGAUGCCCAGCAUGAAGGGCACCAAGCCCAACGGAGAUUUCCUCUACGUCGAGGCCGAAUCGCCGGGUGACUCAAGUCCCACACCCUCAACGCCACCCUCCAGCACAGACGCUGCCAAAUCGCAAUGCUCCUCACUUUCGGACGGCGAAUCAUAUGAGGGUUACGGCGAAAACGCAGUGCGCGGCCUGCAUCAGCGCCAUCAUCAGCGCACCGCAUCUAGCGUUUCGGCCGGUUUAUUGGGUGCCGAUGUUGUCAAUAAUAAUAAUAGCAACACUGCUGCUGGUGGCAGUGGUGUUGGCGGUGUUGAAUUGGAGCUGGCGCCACACGACAAUGCUGUAACGGCAUCGAACAACGAUGACGAGCUGAGCAUCAUUCCGCGCGACAAUUGGGCACGCAUGAGCUUACGUCGCACCACCACCUCUUCCAGCAAUCCCGACAGCCUAACGAAUCGUCGUUGGGGUUCCAUGAGACAUUCCGGUCGACGACAACUGGGUUCAAAUGCUUUAGCCAGUCAACUUUACAGAUCCUCAAGUUUCAAUUCGUCUGGGCGUAGCUCCAAUUGUGAUACCACAGAAGACAUGUAUAGCGACAUCAGUUUGGAUAAUGUGCAGGAUUUGAACUAUAAGUUGGAACUGCUACAACGUCAAGUCACCGACUUGGCUGACACACAGAAUAUCGCUGAGGAUCGCACGACGCGCACAAAGACCGAAUAUGCUGUGCUGCAGACACGCUAUCAUAUGCUCGAGGAGCAAUAUCGGGAGUCCGAAUUGCGCGCCGAAGAGCGUCUGGCCGAAGAACAAAAACGUUACCGUGAACUACUGGCACGCGUCGAACGCGAAGCGGCGCUCCAAAAUGAAAAUUGCCAAAUCAAGAUCAAAACUAUAGAAUUGGAAGCGAACACAUUACGCGAAGAGGCACAACGCCUGCGCGUGCUCUGCGAUAAACAAGCUAAUGACUUGCAUCGCACCGAAGAGAAAUAUGAAUUGGCGCGCGAUCAAAUUGCUGCACUGCAACAGGAUCUCGAUGAGACGGUGCAGCGCGAACGCAAAUACGAAGACGAUAAGAAGGCGUCCGAGGAGCUAAUGUUGGAGUUGAGCAAAGAAUUGGAACGACUGCGCGCCGAAACGGGGCCAGCGCUGCCAACCACCUCGCCGGAGACAAUAAGACUGGAAGAGCUGCAUCAGGAACUGGAGGAGAUGCGGCAAAAGAACAAAGCUUUGGAGGAGCAAAAUGAAGAGCUGCAGGCGCAAGUGCUCACGCGCGGCGUGGAAGAGGGCCGCAAUCUGCUGAACGGCACAUUGAAUAGCUUAGCGCAAGAGCUGGAGGAAAUGUCACAAGCACAGGAUUCUGUGGAUUCAGCCACAUUAGCAUCUCUAAGUCAGUUGCAACAAGCCUUUCAAGAGAAGGAAGACGAGAAUACCCGCCUGAAGCAUUAUAUCGAUACGAUAUUAUUGAACAUCGUAGAGAAUUAUCCGCAGCUAUUGGAAGUCAAGCCCAUUGCGAAAUAAAGUGCUCUGAAGAGGCAGCGCAAGGGAAAUACGUCGAAAACGAAAGACAAGAUAAAACUAUUAAUAAUAAGAGUAACCAGCUUGGAAGCAAGAGUACAGUAAAAGUAAUAUGUGGAAUUUAUUUUUAUCAACAAAUAAAAUCAAAUCAACACGGUCAACGCCA